AUGAAAGGUGAACUUAUUGCUAUUUACCCCAGUAAAGGAAAACGUGUCAAGCAGAAGAAUGAAGAGCCAAUUUUUUCCAAGGAUGGUCGGAAGUUUUUCUUUGUCCGAGCCAUUCCCCAGGGAGGACGCGGGAAGUUCUACCACAUUGCCAUGUCAUCAUCACAGCCCAAUACUAGCAGCGACAACUUACAGUCUAUUACAUCUGGUGAUUGGGAUGUGACAAAGAUAUUGGCAUAUGAUGAAAAGAGGCAUAAAAUCGCAAGCACAAAUGGAAACUUCAACAGGCGGUGUCUGUCUUGUGAUCUGAUUGAAAACUGUACUUACUUCAGUGCAUCCUUCAGCCACAAUCUGGAAUACUUCCUACUGAAAUGUGAAG